UUAUAGAGCGUUGUACUGCGGGCGCCCAGGUACUCUUUUCCGGAUGAGAUGUGGUUUGCUAAAAGCCCUACUAUAAGAUUAUCAUGGUUGAAGAUGCGUCUGGGUUCAGCAGCAGUCUCGCAGUGACAAAGCUACUGUUAUCGUGCUAUCACCAUUUCUAUGAUCCCGAGAGUGCAAACAGAUGGGACUGUUCAACAUACUGAACCUAGAUACUAGGUAUAUAUAGCGGGUAAAAAGUGCUGCCGGCCGCCGCUUAAAGUUGAGUACCUCCGCCGACGUCAUAUCAAACACUUUUGACUCCAUGCCAUCAUGUCAAUUUUCCAGUAUCUUGGACUCAAUUUUCCGCAAAGCUUUCAAGAUUACAAUAUCAAUCGUCUUCUCCUGCCGGACCCUGCUGUGCCCUUGAUGAGCAGCAAAUGGUGACGGCAACUGAAAAUGACAGAGGUGCAAGUGCUCUCUCCCACCCAGGUAGCCGCUCUCUUCGACAUCCUCACGCACUACGACACCUACGCUCAAAUCCGCGAAUUCAGGAAACCAGGCAGCCUUGCGCACUAUGGCCCACCCUUCAAAGUCAAGGCUGGACACCCAUCCAGUGCUCCCUCGUUGCAGACCCUAGUGUCGAGGUUCAUCUUGAAUCUCCCCGGCCUAAAGAACCUGCCCGAAAAAUGGUGGAGAGUGCAAUGUCACGACAUCAUCAAUAGCCUGGAGAGAGCCAAUCUUAGUGAGAGCUACGACAAAGGCGUGAUAGGGAGCCGCAAAACUCUUGCUACCGCCAUCUCGGCCCUGAUUGAAUAUCCUGUCCGGGGCGUGUACGGAGGUGUUCCCGUGAUCAAGGAACAUGGUUCUGACUACGACGUGACCGAUGCCGGAGAUCUCGGCCGCGCAUUUCGGGAAUUUUUGAACGAUGCCAUAUAUGGAAAUCUCUUGGAGGAACUGGUGCAGAAGACGGCUGAAACCAGUAACCUGGAAGAUCAUGGCCAGCUGAUCAAGGCGGUACACGAGUUUGUGCUGGUCAACCUUGCCUCUCUGAUGCACUACACAUUGAUCCUGUCGCCCAAGGGCCAAUAUCUGUUGAAGCUGAUCGAGAACGCCAACAAGCUAGUCCCAUACAUGGUGCUGAAACAGACCCUAAAGAUUGGCAACGUUGCCUCGAUGAUCAACGCCGUGGUCAAGAUUGGCCUGGCCAAAAUGAGCGUUGCCAGCGUCACAAAUUGGAUUGGCUUGACGCAGAAACAAGACGAAGGCAUGAAUCUCAUGCAGACAAUCAUAUCCACCGUUCUAAACUGGGACAUCAAAGAACUAGAAUCACGCGCGGCCAAGCUAGAGCGUGAACGAGCUCAACUCGGCAAAGACCAACUACGCAUUCUGAAAGAAUACACACACAAACCUCAAUCCGAACAAGACCGAAUCCGAAAACACAGCCAAACACGAUCCAUCUCGAUCGUCACAGCCAUUUUACGCGACAGCAGGACAGAAUCAGAAUUAACAGACAUUCAUCACCGAAAAGCCCUAGAAUACCUAGCCAUCCAUCUCUCGAUCCGCGAUCGGAAACAACUGAUCCAAUGUCUCUGCAAAGCCACUCCAGACCACCUGACCGUGUCUGUUCGAGAAGUGAUUGACGCCUACGAGCCCGUCAUCCGCCGAAUGCACAAGGCCGUCGACUUGUCAGCGACCUUGUCGGAUUUUGAAUAUUUUCUAAAGGACUUGAUCAAACUUUCCAAAAUCCACACCGACAAACAAACGGGAAAAUCGAUCGUCCCCACCGUCGGCGAUUUCGUGCAAUUGCUUCGCAAACACCAACGGGCCAGCCAUGUGUUUCUGCACCAGUGCUGCAAAAACGACAAAGAAUUGACGGGCUGGUAUUUGGACUGGGCGAAGCAAGCGGCCGAGCAGUUUAAACAAGAAGAAGAAACAAACCCAAAUUCUCAACAACAGCACGAUACCGCUAGAGGAGGUGCAGGAGCAGCAGGUAAACUCACCCAACCACUCCAACAGCUCUUCGUCUCUCUCGAUCAAGAAACACAAUCACGCAUCCUCCCCGUUUUGGAUUCACACUCGGCUUUUCUGGACGAGAUGCACGCCCAAUCCACGGCCCGACUGGCUGAGGUGCUGAAAUCGCCGCCGUCGAAGAAUCCUGCUAUUGCAAAGAUUUUUGCGACCAGCAAUGGCAAUGGCAAUGGCAAUGGCAAAUCCAGCUCUCGUCCAAAUACACCUCGGCCGCCUUCGUCACGGGCUCCAAGUCCUCCUCCAGGCCAAAACGACACUGAUGAUAUCAACGACAACGACAACGACAACGACAACGACAACUCGGAAAACUCAUCUCCAAUCCCCACCGUCUCCUCAUCUCCCGGCCCAGGCGCCUUUCUCGCGCGCUGGCAAUCUCUCCUGGACGCCACGCCCAUUACACCUGUAACACAGACCGGACCGCCCAAGGCCGCGAGCAGUCCUGAAGUCGUCCAGGCCAGCGCGACGGAUGUAGAUGGGAGGAAACUGGUUGAUUUUGAUACGACCACCACAGAUACAAAUACAUCCACAACGGCGGAUACAGAUACAGUCGAUGUCAACGUCGAUGUCCAGAUCGGUCUCGGCCCGCGAGAACAGCAGAAACAGCUCAAACUCGUCAUUGAUGCCCUGGGCAGCUCGUUCAGAAAGCUUUUGGCUGAGCGAGGCUGUUAUUGGUAGUUACUUGCCUUGCCUUCGUCGUGUAACAUUAGUAGACUUGUAAAGGCAAGUUGGGAAGCAGAAGCAACUGCACGAAUAUAUAUCUACAGUGGUAGGUACUUUGAACCAAAUCGUAGUCUUCAUUCCA